AUGAAUGCUAUCACUUAAUAAUUAGAACAAUACAAGCCUGAGAUUCAAGAAAAUAUAUGUGAAAUUCAUAAAAUCGAUAUAGUAGCUAUUGAUCUUGACAUUUCAGAAAAGUGUUAAUUUUAAUACUUGUGCUAUCAUUGUUUAGUUGCAAAAAUAAAUAAUAAUAAUAUAUCAACUAUUGAAUAAACUAAAGAAAGAAUAUAAUCCUUUAAAACAAAAAAAUAAGAAAAUAAGUCUAAAGAGAUUCAAUAGAGAUUAGACUACUUCAAGAAAAUACUGGAUUAAAUCGGAGACUUCAAACGUAAUGUUGAAAAUAUUUUGGAUAAGAUCUACACUCAAAUAAAUGCACAAAUAGUUACUAUAUAAAAAGAAAAGUCAUCAUUAUUAGAAAACUAUUAACCAUUUUAUAAUUUUUAAGACGAAGUUAAAUCACUCUCUAAAUUUCUUUCAACAGACAACUAAGACAAAUAAUUGGAAUUUUAAUAAGAUAGCUAAUUUAUUGAUUAAAUUUUUUAGUAAUUUGAGCUUUUAUUUAAUAAUGCUUCAUAUUUUUAAACUAUCGACACAUUUAAGGAUGCUAAAUAAAAAAUUGAAUUAAUGAAUGAAAAUAUUAAAUUUGAAUUAAUGGCUUCAAAAAGGCAAAACUCUUUAGUAAAAUUUUUAUCAUUUUUUAGAAAACAACUACUUUAAAUAGAAUUUGCCAAAAACAUAAUAAGGAAAUACUAAUGAUUGACAUAGAUACUAAGAAUAAAAAAAUGGAGGAUAGAUUUGUGUGUAUCGAUUGUAUUAGUGAUCAUCCAAAUUGUUAAUACAAAACAAUAGAAAAAGUAAAUGAGGAAUUGAAUUAUGUAAAAAACGAAUAAGAUCGAAUUUUAAAAGAUUUUAAGUCAAAGAAACUAGAAAAAUAUGAGAAAUUAUAAUAAUAAAUUGCCAUAAUGAGAAAAAAUUAAAAUUAAUAACUUAAUGAAAUUAGUGAUAAAUUAAUUACAGAAUUUUCUAAACAAACAAAUACAACUGAUGAAAUUUCUAUUUAGCUUUUAAGGGAUGAAGAAUUGGUAUCAAGUAUUAGUAAUUUAAUUCAGUUUGAUCAAAAAAAUAUUAAUUUAAAUUAAAUAAUUGAGGAUAUAAAAUCUAAAGAUUUUAUAUAAGAAAAAGAAAUUGAAAGCAAAUUAGAAAGUUUAAAAUACCAAGAUUAAUUAGAUAUUUAAGAGUCAAUUAAUAUAUUAAAGGAUAUUUAAAGUAUUAUAUAUAUUUUAUAUUUCUAGAUGAAAAUCAAUUUCAAGGAAUUCUCCAAUUAUCAUAAUGUAUUUAAGAGACCACUAAAUUAAAUUAAGAAUAAUCGAGAGUAUAAAAAGAAAUACAUGAAUUAAUAGAUUCUUAGAAAUCAAUUUAUUGUUAGAGAGAUUUAUCCAAUUAAAUUAGCCAUCAAUUUUAAGAAAAUUUAAAAAAUAUUAAUAAUGUUAAAAAUAAAAUUAAAUCCGUUCCAGAUUUAAAUCAUUUAGACUUUCAAAAAUAAAUUAAAGAUGAUAAUGAAAUAUUUGUAAAUGAUUUAAAAUAUUUAAGAAGUUUUGUGAUAACUAGAAUAUAGAGUAAAACUUAGAAACGUUACAAAUAGAAUAUGAGAAAUUUUAAUAAGCUUGUUAGAUAAAGAUCGAAAAAUUGAACAAAAUAAUUGGUUAACUUGAAAAAGAAAUGGAAUAAAAAAUUUAAAUGAAAGAAGACGAAAUUUAAUAGCUACAUUAAAAGAUGAAAGAAAAACCAAGUAAAUAUUUUGAAAAUAUAAAAGUAUUGUAAAUUGAAGAUCAAUAAUAAGUUUAAUAACAGAGUCAAUUAAUCGAUGAAAAUGAUGAUAUAGUUGAUUUUUCUUAAAUCGAAAUAGAAUAUGAAGGGAUUGAUUUUGAAGAGUUUUAUUAGUAGUAGUUUUUUAUGAUCGAUUAAUUAAAACUUUGA